AUGGCAGAGGAACUGUCCAACCUCUGUGCAGGGCUACGACUUACAGAGGAAGAGAAGCAAGAAGUCCACGUUCUAGUGGAGGAAGUUCUGUUAUCCAUUGAAAAAAGCAAGAGAUGCUUGGUAGCCCUUGUAGUAGCUGAUAAUGAGGUUAAUAAAGGAGCUUUUCAGGCCACAAUGAGUAAAGCAUGGAAAGUGGAAGGACAGGUCCUUUUCAAGGAACUCGGCUCCAACAAAGUUCUGAUAGGGUUUCAGAAUGUCUAUGAGAAGGAACGAGUCCUGGAGGGAAGGCCUUGGUCUUUUGACAGGUCCCUUGUGUGUUUGUUCAACUGCGAAGGUUGCUUGGCACCGAAGGAUUUUGAAUUUAAUAUCGAACCUUUCUGGCUACAACUGCAUGAUCUACCCUUUGUUAGCAUGAAUAAAACUAUGGGAGAGAAGGUGGGAGCGGCAGCUGGACAGGUUGUUUCAAUAGACGUAGAUGCAGGCGACAUGGCAUGGAGAAGCUAUCUAAGGGUCAGAGUGUCGCUGGACAUAACAAAGCCCCUUAUCCAUGGCAAAGUCUUGAGUAUGGGAGGAAAACGUUAUUGGAUACCUUUCAAGUAUGAAAGGCUACCAAUCUUUUGUUUUCAGUGUGGGGCAAUCAAGCAUGAAGCACUGUCUUGCUCAAGAUCUCACUUGGGUGGAAAACCACGAGAGGAAGCUGCAAUGCAGUAUGGAUCCUGGCUUAGAGCCAGCUCCCAGUAG